AUGGAGGAGGUGGAUCAGGUCGCCGCGGCGCUGCAGCUGGCCAAGGUGCAGACCAGCCCUCACGGGCCCAUCCUCUGCGCGUGGAACGCGGGCGGCCAGAAAAAAACAGGGGGGCUGUGCGACUACCUCCUGCGGUCGGGCUUCUGGAGGGUAGUGAAAGCGCUGCGGCGAGUGAAGCCCGACCUGAAGGUUGAGCUCACCACGUACGAGGCCGCAGUCGCCAAGGUCAAGGCAGCCCUGCAAGCGGGGCACCAGCUGCUGCCCCACACGCCUGCCUCGGCGCCCUCCGAGAGCGAGCACCGCCGCCUGCGGCCCUUCGUCCGCCGCGCCAGCGCCGCAGCCCUGCGCCCCGGCGCCGGCGAGGGCGGCGGCGAGGCCGCCGCCGCCAGCAGCAGCAGCCCGGAGCCCGCCGGGCGGCCGUUCUCGCCGCCGGUGGCGGGCCUCGGCCGCCUGCUGAGGACCCUCAGCGACCUUGGCACCGGAGGAGGCCACCUGUCCGCAAGGUGCGGCCUCACCGGCGCGGGCGGGGCCGCGGCCGCGGCCGCGGCGCGCGACGCGCCGCUGCUGGACUUGCUGUACGACCCGGCGGGGAACAGGUUCCGUGAGCUCAAGCACGAAGUGUGCGCGGCUUCUUCCGAGCUGUAG